GAGCUAUACAUUGAGAUCUUGUCAGGAGGAAGACUCCCCACCAGUGCCUGCAAGGGGAUUAUCUCAAUUAUGUUAAAAAAAGGGGACAUAAAUGAGAUAAGGAACUGGCGUCCCAUCUCGUUGCUAAACGUGUCUUACAAGAUUCUCGCAAAACUCCUGGCAAGAAGACUGGGCAAGUACCUUCCGCUACUGGUACAAGAAGAUCAGGCGGCGUUCGUCAGAGGCAGAUCAAUCUUUGAGAACAUAGUGAUGGCGAUUGAGGCACUGGAGGUAGUCAGCAAAGAAGACCAGGACGUCGCAGUGCUCAUGCUGGAUAUGGAAAAGGCAUACGACAGAGUUAACUGGUCGUAUGUGGUAACUACACUGCGCUGGAUGGGGUUUGGAGAAGUCUUCUGCACCUGGGUAAUAGCACUGUAUUCAUACUCUAUGGCCUCGGUGAUGGUAAAUGGACACCUGUCAGAGCCAUUCACAUUGUCGUGUUCGCUAAGACGAGGAUGUUCAUUGGCACCCUUGUUGUUUGUGGUUCAGCUUGAAGUCCCACUGAACAACAUCAGGGAGCACGCCGGAAUCCACGAUAUCCAGAUGGAAUCUGCAACUUGCAAGGUGAAGGCCCUUGCAGACGACCUCUUUGCGGUGUCACAGAAUACGAAGGAAUCGCUGGGAGCACUCCGGUACUGCCUCAGACAAUACGAACAACUGUCCGAGGCUGCCAUCAACUGGCAGAAGUCAGCUUUCUUCUUACCAAAGAGGUUUGCACCAACGGUGAACUGGGGAAUGAAGAGAAUCAAGGAGGAUGAUACGGAACGCUUCCUUGGAGUGCAGAUUUCUCUACAGCCCAGCGGAGUCCAUCAAGAUCAGAUUAUUCAACAGAAUGUCAUGCAGAGAACAGCCAUUUGGGGAAAGGCCCCCCACCUGUCAUUAUUUGGACGAGCCCUGGUGGUAAACGCAACACUAUUUGCACUCUUAUGGUUUGUGGGCAAUGUUCACCCGAUGGGGAAGAAAACACAGUCAGUGAUCAUCAUCAGGACUACCAGAUUUUUGUGGCGCCCAUUCGCGAAUGAGGAGGAGGGAGUCAUGGCAAAGGUGGCAUGGGACCUUAUCUGCACUCCAAGACAGGAGGGGGGACUGGGGCUAGUGGAACCUGGGCGGAGGAUCAUAGCAAUGUUAGCUCGAUGGGUCGUGAGAGCAGUGUGUACACAGGAAAACAAACAUUGGAUCCUGCUAGGGAAAACAAUUCUGAAGAAGGAAUGAGACCUGUCCAGGGCAAAGGAUGUGUGGCCUGCAUCUGGAUAGACUUUUUUUUUUUUUUUUUUUUUUUUUUUGAGACGAUGCUCCAAUC